AUGUCGAACAAGAACAAUCCCAUCAAAGAAGAUCAAGAAGAAGAAAAAGAGAUCAAAAAAGAGAAUAAUUCGUCACAAUCCCAGUUGGAAAAUAUUGAUUCUUGUCAACAAGAAGAUGCAGGAAAAAAACCAGAAGAUGAGACCGAUCAUAAAGAAGAAGAAGAAUCCAAAAUUCUAAGUUUAGGAGAAUCCAAGGUAGCUGAAGACGAUGAUGGGUUCAAAACUCCGACAUCUUUAGACCACAAAAUCCCAGCGAUGACACAGUGCCCACCAGCCCCCAAGAAAAUCCUGCCAGAACCAUCGCUGAAGAGAAAAGCAUCGCCUCCAAGAUUUGAUGUAUCAGAUGCCGAGGUGGAAUCGAUAUUUUCUCCGAUAUCCGAAGACCUUAAAUUGAAGAAACCUAGAAGAGAUGAUGAUGAAGAUAAAGAAUAA